AAACAGUUUUCCUUUCCCUUGGACCGCGUGGACCCACACCAGGGGGGGAGGAAGAAUUGAAGGAAGGAAACCCGCACCGCGGACCGCAGGCGCAGGCGACUCCCGACGCGUCUCCGGCGACCGGCGACCCCUCUCCCUCUCCGCCCGCGGCGCCUCCGUCGGCUCGCCCAACCAUGUAUAAUAAUUAUGGGAACCCUCCAGGGAUGCAGAUGCCCCCACAGAACUCUCAACCUGUCCAGUUUGACAAUCCAUUAUAUGGUGCAAGCUCAGGUCUUAUCAGAUCUGGGAUUGGAGUAUAUGGGGAGAAGUUCUUGGGUUCUAGUUCAGAAUUCAUGCAAAGCAAUAUCAAUAGAUACCUCUCCAAUCCACAGUAUUACUUCCAUGUGAAUGAUCAAUAUGUCCGGAACAAGUUGAAAAUUAUCCUGUUUCCAUUCUUCCACAGGGGGCACUGGACUCGAAUAAGUGAGCCGGUUGGUGGCCGUUUGUCCUACAAACCUCCAAUCUAUGACAUAAAUGCCCCAGAUCUGUACAUCCCUUUCAUGGCAUUUGGAAGCUUCAUCAUUCUUUCUGGGUUUACGCUAGGUUUCAUGGGAAAGUUUACUCCAGAAGCUAUAAAUCUGCACUUUACAAGGGCACUCAUCGGAUGGGGCUUCCAGCUCAUGCUCCUGAAGGGCCUGCUCUACUCAAUGGGCGGCGGUGAGGUGCCACUGCUCGACUUGGUAGCAUAUGGCGGAUAUUUAUUUGCUGGGCUUUCACUCGCUGUCGUUGCGAGGCUCAUAUGGGCAUACUCAUACUACGUCAUGAUGCCAUGGAUGAGCCUGUGCAUGGGAGUGUUCCUGGUGAGGACGAUGAAGCGGGUGCUCUUCACGGAGAUGAGAAGCAGUGAGAGACACUCGUCACGACAGCAUUACUUCCUUCUCUUCAUGGCAAUAGCACAGUUUCCCCUAUUCUUCUGGCUUGGCAGCAUAGGUGCAUGAUACGGUUUUGUGCUGCUUGUACUUUCUCACUAUUAACACUGCAAAGUGGUAUUUAAGUGUUUAGAUGUGUUGUAAAAAACAGUUGGAGGAUGGUCUCAAACAGCUUAUGAUGUUUUAUCAUCGUUAGUAAGUUCUUGACCAGGUUUUGAGAUGUGCUGUUGUAUAGAUUGUGGGUUCUGCGGGUUCUGAUGCUGAAGUUAUGUGUGAUCUUUAAUCAUUUUUAACUGAGUUCAUG